GUUGGGUUCGAGAUGCGUGGUCUAUAUGUAACAUGUCUUUCUGCACUCACUACUCUAGCAGUGGGCCAAUCUCCUUCAUUACAGCAUCCGCUUUCUGCCAUGACAAGGCCAAACAUUAUAUUUAUUUUGACAGAUGACCAAGAUGUUCAUCUUGAUUCUCUCAAAUACAUGCCCUUCGUCAAAAAACACCUCAUUGACCAAGGGACACAUUACCGCAGUCAUUACUGUACAACGAGCGUUUGCUGCCCGUCCCGAGUGACCCUAUGGACAGGGAAGCUAGCACACAACACAAAUGUAACCGAUGUUAAUCCUCCAUAUGGCGGUUAUCCAAAAUUCAUAUCCCAGGGAUUAAAUCAGAACUACCUCCCUGUUUGGCUGCAGGAAGCGCAAUAUAACACAUAUUAUACGGGGAAGCUGUUCAACGUUCAUACAGUGGACAACUAUAAUCACCCAUUUCCAGCAGGAUUUACGAGCCAUGAUUUUCUUCUUGACCCGUACACCUAUGACUAUUUGAAUAGCACAUUUCAACGAGACAAGGAAAAACCGCAAAGCUAUGAAGGCCAAUACACCACUGAUAUUCUAGCUCAGAAGGCCUAUGAUCUUCUUGCCCCACACUCCAACGUCUUCAUGAAUGGAACAGGACUAGAUGAGAACCCCACCUUUAGCUUUGGCGCGCCUAUUCCGGCAAAGAGACACGAGAAAUUGUUUGAGAAUGUGCAGGUACCUCGUACGCCAUCCUUCAACCCAGAGCGCCCUUCAGGAGCAAACUGGAUCAAGUCAUUGAAGCGUCAAAACGAGACCAAUAUUGAGUACAACGAUCAUUUUUAUCGCUCUCGUCUUCGUGCCCUUCAGGCUGUAGAUGAGCUUAUAGAUGGCCUGUUCCAUCGCUUAGAGAAUUAUAAUAUUCUGAAAAACACUUACAUCAUCUUUUCCAGCGAUAAUGGUUAUCACAUAGGUCAACACCGACUUCAGCCAGGAAAGUCGUGUGGAUACGAAGAAGACAUCAAUGUUCCAUUAUUUAUUCGUGGCCCCGGUAUUGCCGAAAAUAGCACGACUGAUAUCGUAACCACACAUACCGACCUGGCGCCCACAUUUCUUCACAUGUUGGGUAUCCCACUACGAGAUGAUUUUGACGGCGAUCCUAUUCCUCUGACACAGAACGACAUCAAAGAGGCACAUGGAAAACGACAAGAGCAUGUCAAUGUAGAAUACUGGGGAUUCGCGGCUGGAGAGGGAAUUUAUGAUUGUACUGUUUCCUGA